UUUCUUCUUGAGUUUAUGACCUUCUGUAUGUUCUGUUGUCGUUCUGUCGUUGAAAACGAAGUGAUAUUGAAAAAUAUUUAUCAUUCCGUAGAAUUUUGAUAAAAAUGAAGUAAAUAUUCUCCAAACAGUGAUUAAAUAUUUUAUGUAUUGGUUUGACCAUAGCUAAUAUUUAAUAUGAUAGUUUGUUAAUAUUUUGUAACUUGGUUCAUUCGUGUCAAAUUUGUCUAAAAAUAUGGACAUCUCCGGUGCUGGGAAGUCACCAAAUACAUCCUUGUCCUUCAGAUAUAAUGCUAACAAUGAAGAGUUAGAAGAACUGUAUGAAGUGUGUGAAGAUGACCCCCCUACACCACAGUUUGAUGUGUCUGCAUCACCUAGUGUGCGAAGUGAGAAUGCCAGCCCUAAACGGGGGGACAAGACUUCCUCAAUUUUAGAUAAGUAUUUUAAAUCCAUUCGUACUGCUGAUAAACAGCUCCUUGAAAAAGUUGACAAACAGGAGGACAAAGGUGACAAGCAGUGUGAGACAAAAAGUAGUGAUGAAAACCGCACUCCAGCUAAAGAUGUGUCAUCAUCACCUAUGAAAGAGUACUUGAACCGCUUAGGCAAGAGAAGUGUGUCUGAAACAACAGAAGUGAAAGAUGUAGGAAGCAAUGAAACAUGGAAAUUAUUCCAUGAUUUUAAAUUUAAAAUUGCUCAAGCUGUAGAGGACAUGAAAACACGUUCUCUUGAAGAAACAAAAGAAAAAAGUGUGCCAAGAGACAGCUCAAUAUCUGAUUCGGAAGAAAAUUCUGCUAUCAAGGACUCUGAUCAAAGUAUUGGAGAUACUGAUAAUCAGGUGUCUUCACUGAACAGCAGUAUACAGAAUCUGUCAGAGUUGACACAACCACUGACGGCAAAGGCAACUGAACGUGAAACAAGUCUUCCAUAUGACAACAAGAACUGCUCAGACUCUAGUGAUGAUACACAAAAGAAUUUAGUGCACAGUGAAACUGCAGAGCUAACAAAAGAUAUCCUUAGUGAUCCCAACAUGGAAGUGGAGUCUGGGAUAGAGGCUCUCGAAGAUGGCAUAGAUGGCUUUGGGGACACCCCACAGCCGGAUAACGACUGCCCAAGCUACAACAAACCAAUUGAUUUCUCUCCAUCACAACCGUUACAAACGCCUGCAAGUUUUGGAUCGCCUCCUGGAAAAGCAAAUGAGUUAAAACUUUUAAAUGGGAAACCAAAAAAAUAUUUCUUAACUUUUCCAGUAUAUUUCCUAACUUUCCUCCUGUUUAUAAAUUAUAUCUUGUUUCCUGAAUAUAAUAUAUGGAAUGGUUUUUUGUUGGGCCUCUGGUCCUUUUACCUGGGAAGUAUUGUGAAACAAUGGUUGACUGACACUUACUUUGGUGAAUGGGAGCCAUAUAAGGGCAGUUUUUUCCAGUUAAAACGCAGCAGCGCUAUGCCCAUUACUUAUACCAUUCCUUCAGUAAAAGAGCAUAGGCCUCUUAAGAAAUAUGAGGGGUGGAUAAAUCAUUACAGAUAUCCAGAAUACGAUCCGUUUACUUACGGCGUCAACAAAACUACCACAGCAUUUAUGAAGUUAGAAGGCUGCCAUUUGCGUAUAUCAUACACAAAAGCGAAGAUAAUGAAGAGAGCGAUCUGGGAUGAGAAAAUAGAGAAAGUAGACUUUUACCAGCACAGACUUUACAAUCUGACUGGAUCUAAAGUUACAUUGCUUCCUAAGGGACUUGUGAAAAGAAGACAAUGGAGCAAAAAAUACCCAAUAUGCGUCAUACUAAACGAAAACGAGAAAAUCCAAGUGUUGGAGAAGGAAUCCAGUGCGCCGGACAAGAAAUCCGAUUCUUCAGAGAAAAAGAAGGAACAACAAUCGCAGCAUGACACGGAGAGUGCGGAGACCAACACUAGCCCGGAGAAGAAGAAGAAAUUCGUAUGGAGAAGACGGGAGAAAAGUAAUCCUUCGCAUACGGAAUGCGAACCAGGAAAAGAGGGUUUGCGGCAUAGGCUAGUGAGGAAAAUGCACAGAGAUAAAAAAACGGAUAGCGUAUCAACAUGUACGGACGCUCCGGAGGCAGAGAAGCCGGCCCAGCCAGAGGAGCCCUCGUUCCACGACGCGGAGACAGACCUUACCACUAAGUCCAACACUAGCACCAAAGAUGAUCCUGAGGAGGAAAUUGAUGAGACUGAGCUCACCAGGAUCAAGGAGUUCUUAGAAGAAACUGAAUUGGAACCGGGCGCGGAAGGUACAAGCGAAGGCGAGUGGAGCUUACACAUCAAACAGUCGCGGGACAAACACGCCUGCCUUUUCCUGUUCGCGCGCACUGGCCGAGACAAGCACGAGUGGUUCCGCCGACUCUUAAUAGCGGCGAAUGAAGCCAACACUGCGGUGUCAGGGGAGUCUUCAGCGGCUGAAGAGAAGACUGCCAGUGAGUCCGCCGCCGAAGGCAAGGAGGGCAUCGAGAUGGCCGUCUACAAGCUCACCGAGAAGGAAACCGUCGCCUUCGGGAAGAGUCCAGCUCAAAAAUCGGACUUGGAUGGGCCCAGGAUUUCAUCUGCGUCGCAUCCAUUGCCACCGACCUUGGAGUCUUAUGAGAAAUCCUUCUGGCCAUUCCUAUUGAAAAUCAUUCAGACGAAGGCGGGCGCGCAGUCGUCAUGCCAGUGCCGCGUGCUGCCGGCGGAGAUGACGUGGGUCAACACCAUCCUGGCGAGGCUCAUCUAUGACAUCACACGGAACCCCAUCAUCCUGGCUCGCCUGCAAACGCGCAUACAGAAGAAACUACAUACGCUUAAGCUGCCGUCGUUCAUGAGCCCGCUAAUGGUGACGGACUUAUCCCUGGCGGGGGCGUGUCCACUAGUGGAGCGAGUGUGGCCACCGUCGUGGGACGAGCGCGGCGUGUGGCUCGACGCCGACCUGCGCUACGACGGCGGCGCCUACAUCUCCAUACUCACGCAGAUCAACCUCAUGAAGCUCAAAGAGAAGAACGUGACUUUGGAAGACCAGUUGUUGACGUCGACGACGUCGGAAAACCUAAUGGAUGGAGAGCUGAAUCCAGUCUCCUCGGUCUUCUUGGAAACACUUCCUACACGCCGCAAGCCAGCGGUGUAUGACUCGGAGGUGGAGGACUCGGCGGAGUCCAGCGAGGACGACGAGUCGCCGCCGCUGCAGCCCGUCGACAGUAGCGACCACCUGCCCAGCACCACCGACCUGCCUGUGGCACCAUCAGACACUAACACCGCUCCUGCGUCAUCUAAGAAGAAAUUCCUCAGGAUGGUAGACAAAAUUGCAACCAACAAGUAUUUCCAACAGGUGACAGACUACAAGUACGUGAAGCGGGCGAUGGAGGGUCUAUCCAACACGGAUAUCAAGCUGCAGGUGGAGGUGCACGGGCUGGAGGGCCGCCUCGCUCUCAACCUGCCGCCGCCGCCGCACGACCGCAUCUGGGUCGGGUUCCGCACGAACCCGCAGCUGGUGCUCAAGGCGCGGCCGGCCGUGGGCGCGCGCACGCUCCGCUUCGCGCACAUCUCCAACUGGAUCGAGCAGAAGCUCAGCAAGGAGUUCGAGAAGAUACUGGUGCUGCCCAACAUGGAGGACAUCAUCAUCGACGUCAUGACGCCCACGCCUGUCGACCUCGAGUAAGGCGGUAGCACUGUGUGGUAAACUGGAGGUAAGUCGCAUUAUAAGAGACAUGUUACUCGACUGUAUUGCUGUUAUCUCAGUCGUGUCAUAUCGACGUCACUGUUACGCUCCAUAAGCCUAAUGAGUACGAGCGAGAUAGAUUGAUAAUUGACGGACGGUUGGUUUCAGACCCGAUGGCUCAGUCAUACCAGUCGUUUAAUAAUGCGUAACAAAUAAGUAAAGAGAAAAAUAUUCUAAUAUGUCGGAUGUCUCUCUCUCAGUUUGAAAAUAGUUCCUACUUCCGUGCCUGUCGGUCGCAAUGUCGGAUGUCUCUCUCUCAGUUUGAAAAUAGUUCCUACUUCCGUGCCUGUCGGUCGCAUCGUUACUUUAUUUAUUCAUUUCAAAAGCCAAUGGUGCCAAUUGCACCAACUUAAUUUGACAGGUUUAAAACUAGCUCUAUCUCUUUCUUGCGGUUAUUGUAAGUGUUUAUUGUUCCAAAAAGGACUGUAAUUCCAUGAGCAUGACUGUUUAUUCCUUUUCUAUCGUAAUAAAAAUGCAUUUAGUCAUUUGUUUAAACAAUCUACGACAGCGAGAGAAUGUCACGCCAUGUUUUAAUAUUGUUUUUAUUUUUACUUAUUUUUUAGAAAUGUUACUUACUUCCAGUUUAACUCAGCAUUCGCCGUAGUUGGUGUGAUAAUUGCAUUUUUUUAUCGUAAGUUGUCGAUCUAAUCGGUCCAAACUCACACAAUCAAUAUCAUUCAUUAUUUACAAACUUAGAAUUAAUAUAACAUACAUCACAAAACCAUUGACCAAUUAGAACGACGCCUUAAUUUAUUUCACCUGGUGCAAGUACGAAUAUUUUUUUUAUAAAGUUUCAAAGUUGCUCUAAGCAAAUGUAUCCAGUUGAGUGAAGCACCGAGGCAACAAAGUUUUUAAUAUUAUAUUGUCGAAUAGAUUAUGUCAACGGCGACAAUCGUCCGCCUAUCUGUUAUUGAAAUAAAAACGAACUUAGUACGUGUUAGCAUUUAAUAGGUGUUUUAAAACGAAAGUCUAUGUACAUACGUAAAUAAACACAAAUAGAUUGAAGGGACAUUUAGUGUACUAUAUGUCUGAUAAGAGAGCUGGGGUCAUAACAGCCACAUAAGAGCAAUUCAUCUAAAAAGCAAUUUGCGCAUAUUAAUGUAAGUGCGCAAUCAGUGAGGUGCCGUUCCCGAGAACGUCCCCGCCAGUAAAAAGGCGCAAAGCUUAUGUAAAAAGAGCUUUAUUACCUAACAUUUAGGCAGAUAACACUAAUAGUGCAACAAAGAACAAUUUUAAAAAGAAAAACAGACAGUUUACUUACUAUUAAAAAGUUGGCAGUCUAAUUCCUGAUGUAACUUUUAUUUUAUUUAAUGUUUUAUUAUAUAACAGCCUCCGUGGUCUAGUGGUUAGAGCGUUAGGCUCACGAUCUGGAGGUCCGGGUUCGAUUCCCGAUGGGGACAUUGUCGAAAUCACUUUGUGAGACUGUCCUUUGUUUGGUAAGGACUUUUCAGGCUUGAAUCACCUGAUUGUCCGAAAAAGUAAGAUGAUUCCGUGCUUCGGAGGGCACGUUAAGCCGUUGGUCCCGGCUAUUAGCCGUAAAAACACCUCCACCAACCCGCAGUCGAGCAGCGUGGUGGAGUAUGCUCCAUACCCCCUCCGGUUGAUUGAGGGGAGGCCUGUGCCCAGCAGUGGGACGUAUAUAGGCAGUUUAUUAUUAUAUACGCUGUUGGUGUACCUUUUUUAUUAAUAAAUAAAUAAUUUUUACAACGGGAACAUUCCCGGGUACGUCACAUCCCUGUGCGCAAUGUCAACGAACAUAAGAUAGCUUUUUAGGUGAUUUGCUUUUACGUGGCUUUUUAACCCCCCCUGUAUUGUUUAUUUGUUGUAUUAUUGUUGAUAAUGUAUUACUUCGCUUUAAUUGAUUCUCAGCGUGUUUAGUUGCCUAGUGCUUAUCAUUGCUUUCUGUACGCUACGAGUGCUAUUUUAUGUCACAUGAAAUUAUAUUUUUACAAUGCACAUAGUGAGUUAUUUGUUGUUUUAGCUACUAUACAAUUAUAUAUGUAAUGGUAUGGUUGAUUAUGUAUUUAAUGGCCCCGAUUCCUGCAGACACUUAAUUUUAGUUUAAGUUAUACCCGUCAUUUUCUUAUCCGCUGAAAAGGAAAGGGACGGAUGAUUGUCAACAAGUUAAUUUUAAAAUGAAUGAAUAACCCGUGCGUGUAAAAUAGGCAUUUCGCUCGUGUUUGACGUGCUGUCUACUUAAUUCUGUCGGGUUAUUGGCCGAUGUAGAAUUUUUAAUGUUAUGGGCGAUAGGCUGAUCCCUUAUCACCAUAAGGUUCAUCAUAUCCAUCUUUGGACUUCGUAUCAACAGUGGCUGCAAGUUGUCUUUGAUUACUUGUGGCUCUGCCCACCCCAUUAGGAAUUACGGGCGUGAGUUUAUGUUUAUGUUUAUGUAGAAUUUUUAGACGGUUGUUUUAGAUUUCUAUUUUAAAAUUGACGUGUAUAUUUUAUAUGUCCCUUUCUUUUUCAACGGAUAAGAAAAUGACAGGUGUAACUUGAAAUAAAAUUAGAUGGCGUAUGCAGGAAUUAGCACCAUUGUAUUAUUUAAAACGUUAUUAGCUGUGAUUUAUUUCAUAGGUACCAUCAGUAAUUUAAUAUAAUAUAUGUAGUUGUCCAAUAGAUUUAAUUACUUGUUGUUGCCAAGCUAAGGACUUUCCGACACAUUAUACAAUACAGGGUGUUAGCGACAUCGUAACGAAAGCUUUAAGGGAUGAUUCAGACCAUGAUUCUGAGUUGAUAUCAAGUGGAAUCUUCCAUCGUAAAAUUCAUGAUUUUCUUUAAUUAUUUUCAAUUCUAUAUUUUUGAAAUCGUUACAGUGCCACUAACACCUAUACAUACUCAUGAGUUUAAGUCACAUCAUAAUGAAUACUGAGGGUGAUAAUUCAGCUCAUGAUGUUGAGUUAACAUGAAGUGGAAUAUUCCAUCAAGAAAACAUGCAUUUUGCGACGAAAAAUUCCAUUUGACAUUAACUCGGAAACAUAAGCUGAAUCAUCCCCCUCGGUAUUUGUUACGACGUCACUAACACCCUGUAUAAUAUGAUAAUUUUAUGUUUAUUCUGUAGCUAAUCAGCGAAAGCGGGAAAUGAUAAUUAUUUGUUUACAUCAUACACAAAUGAGCUUCCUCUAUUUAGGAAUAAAUAAUUUGACAAUAAUUAUGUACCAUCAUGGCCCGUUACUCGUACUUCCCAAAAUAAAGAGCGUAUUUAACGAAUACUAAUAUAAUAUAUACAUUUAUCUUAGAGUAUGAUAUAUAUGUAUAGUAUACACUAAAUUGCUAUUUUAAAAUCAUAUUGGCUUUGGUCAAGAAGAUUAUCAAAUAUUUUUAUAGAUUUAAUUCGGUCCUAACUAAAUCUUGAGUCUUAAUCGAUCCUAAACACUGUGGUGCAAUAUUUUCAGAAGCCUAAGCUGAUAUAUUCAUAUAUUAAAUGAUAGAAAAGUAUGAAGAUGUGUCUAAAGUUCUUUUAAAAGAAAAUAUUGUAAGGUGUUCAGAAUCGUCUUGUCUUUCGGCAGUUUUAUUUGUCACUCGACUUUUUUGUUAAGUUUGCAUUUGUUUACGCUUGCCGUACUUUAUAGCACUUGUGCAAUAGCAGUUCUCGCUUCUCAAUCCAACUUUCGAAUGUCUACGCGUUUAAAAUAAUUCGCACAAUUUGACUAUAAUCGUCAUUGUUCGUUGUAUCUUCGAAUUUAAUACCUAUUUGUUAGGUGAUGUAUUUGUAUGAAAUUAAUAUUCAAAACAUUUUGUUUGGUACUAAAUUAUGUAUUAACCUAAUGUACUAUCAAUAUUAUAGUUUCAGCUGCUCUCUUUGGCAGUGUCCAGGCCUGACGUUGAAUUUUGUACAGCUUUUUAACAUUUACCUGUCGGUCUACACAGGCCACAUUGAAGCACGAUUGCAAUUUGACAUUGGCGCAAAUAAAAGUAAGUACGCAAUGUCAACUUAUGUCAAAUAGCAAUAUUGCUUUUUUAGAUGAAUUAAACAAUAUUGCCUUUUUACCUCCGUUGUUGUUCGAUGUAUUUCGUAAGAAUUAAAUUUUAAUUGAAUUUUUGGGGGGCGGGGAAGAGGUGGGAAAUUGGACGAGGGAAAACUAAAGGCUGAAUGUAACUUGCUCAGAAUUUGUGUGAAUGUAGAAUGCGGCUGGAGUGGGACGUAGGACAGAGACGGGACGAAUUUAACCUUGAUAAACUUGCUUACUUUGACAUGGUAAAGUUUGAAUCUACUUCCUGGUACUGUUAAGUUUUGUUCGUCGAGGGUUGGUACCGAUGAAAGGAGCUGUUCAGGGGGUUUUGUAUAAUAUUUGUUUAUUGCUUUGCGUUUAUUGUGAUUACUGAUAUUAAUGGACUGAAAAGUUGAAAAAUCUAUGCAUUUUCUAUAAAUUACCUUUGUCAUACAUAAAAUGUAUUACACAAAAAAAGAACGUAUUUAUCUAUACUAUAAAAAAUAAGCAAGAUAUUGGUUGAGGUCAACACGAAAUCUGAUGUAUAUCAUAUACACCUUAUCGCAAUCAAGCUAUAUACAAAUGCCAAACAUAACUUUGCCAUGUUCGUUAUUGUGCAAGUUGCAUUUGCACUGGGUCUUAUGAAUUUUUUGAUGAAAUGUUACUGAUACGCUAACUGAUUUUUGAAUUGUUGGUAUUUCAAUAUUUGUCCGUUUUUUCUCAGAUAGUUUCAUACAUAGAGUACCACAUAUCACUACAAGGUUAUUUAUGUACCUGUUCUAUGAAUAUUACCUCUUGGUUUGUACCGGAGUUACUGAAUCAUGACUACAAAGUGGAGUGGUUGCAAUGCAUUGUAAUUGGCCAUAAAUUGCGUUUAUAUUCUAUUGUUGGUUUUACGUAAAUGAAAUUAUUCAAAAUAAUGAGAUGUUAGUAAAUAUUGUUUACUGAUAAUUUUAAUGUAAUUUGUAAAAUUAACUAGUGGAGAUUCCGAUCCAAAUUUAUUUUAUUGUUAAAGUCUUUAUUUUUCUUGUAUUUAAUUUAUCGCUAAUGUAAAGGAAAUGUUUAUUUUCGUUCUAUUUAUUAUUAUUUAUAGCCUGUGAUCACAUAGUAGAUAGAACUUCACAGUGUGAACCAAAACGGUAAUUUUCUAUGUAUUGUAUAUAGUUUAUAAAUUGAAAGUGUUUAUGUGAUAUUUAUAGUUAAGAGUUAAACCGUGCCGAGUAGUUUUUCUAUGUGGUAUCAGUUGUGAAUUUUUCAAAUAAAUGAAUGCUAUAUUUCA